CCCUCGAGGGACUGAGUCCUAAGUAAUGGGUCUCGUUUCGCGGAAAAUAAGAGAAGAAAUCCAAAGCGACUACGUAGUCUUCCAUCCAUAUACUUCGCGACACGAGUCACGACGACCACUCUGUUCUUUGGACUCCAAUUGAACCAUAUCUAUAGAUACCCUUCAUUUAAAGGACAUGGCUAGAAGAUGGACACUAUUGAAACACAGAGAUGAACUCUAUGAGUUCUUGUUUGAGCUUGAGCUUGAGUUUGAGUUUGCUCUGCACCUUAUCAUCGAUUCUUAUUAAUUUGGGGCUCUGCCUCGCCACCCCCAUUUCAAAAUCCACUUUCAUUGAUACUUACUGCACAGCCACACGACUUUAUUAUGCUAACGCAACCAACAUUCCAGUUGGAGCAAACGCCAACCUCCUCCUCUCUUAUCUAUCUUCUAAUGCUUCUUUAUCCAUCAAUAAUGGAUUCUACAACUCCACGGCUGGCCAAAAUGGAGAUGAAGUCUAUGGUUUAUUCCUCUGCAGAGGCGAUGUUGAACACAACAUUUGCCAAAAUUGCGUUGAAGCCGCGGUUGUAAAGAUCAAGCAACUCUGCGCAAUUAACCAACAAGGCAUUAUAUGGUAUGAAGAAUGUAUGCUGAAGUAUAUCUAUUAUCACCGGGUUUUUAAUUGGCCGUCUCCCCGAGCUUAUAGAUGGGAGAGCAGAUAUAUUUUCAGCCUAAAUCCAAAUGGGUUUUUUCAGAAAUUGUCUAAUUUGAUGGACAGCCUUGCAACAUUGGCUAUCAACAACUCUGUUUCUUCCUCUAGAAUCAAAUAUUUCGCAACUGGAGAAGCAAAUUUUACAAGGUUUCACAAGAUAUAUGGGCUGUUGCAGUGUACUCCUGAUAUUACUCCAAGUGAUUGUUACUCAUGCUUGAGAAAUGCUAUUUAUCAGAUUUCCGUUGUGUUCAAUGGGAGUUCAGGUUUGAGUGCUUAUUUUCUCAACUGUUUUGCAAGGUAUAGUGAUCAUCCUUUCUAUAAACUGAAUUCCUCUGCAUCAGCUCCUUCCUCAAUCAGAAAAAGGAAGAAUUCAUUUUGGAUUAUUUUUAUUAUUGCUGCUCCUGUGGUUAUUACAGUGAUACUUUUUCUUAUCCUUUUUUACUUCAUACAAAAGACAAAGCAAAAGUCAGAAGAUUAUGAUCUAGAUGAGAUUACUAGUGGGGAUACUUUGCAAUAUGACUUCAGUACAAUAAAAGAUGCCACUGAUGACUUCUCUGAUGUAAAUAAGCUGGGUGCUGGUGGAUUUGGUGCUGUUUACAAGGGUAGGCUUUCAAAUGGACAUGAGGUAGCUGUGAAAAGACUCUCUAGAAAUUCUACGCAAGGUGAAGUGGAAUUCGAGAAUGAGGUUGCAUUAGUAGCCAAGCUGCAACACAGGAAUCUUGUUAGAUUGCUAGGCUUCUGCUUGGAAGGAAAACUAUUGAUCUAUGAGUUUGUCCCCAACAAAAGUCUUGAUUACUUCUUAUUUGACUCAUUCAAACGUGCAGAAUUGAAUUGGGAGAGGCGCUGUAAAAUCAUAGAAGGGAUUGCACGAGGUCUUCUUUAUCUUCAUGAAGAUUCUCAAUUCAAAAUUAUUCAUCGCGAUCUUAAGCCUGGCAAUAUUUUACUUGAUGCCAAAAUGAACCCAAAGAUUUCGGACUUCGGUUUGGCAAAACUAGUUGUAAUGGAUCAAACUCGAGAGAAUACGAAAAACAUUGCCGGUACCAUUGGAUAUAUGGCUCCAGAGUAUGCUAUAAAGGGUCGAUUUUCUGUGAAGUCUGAUGUUUAUAGCUUUGGAGUUAUUUUGCUUGAGAUAUUAAGUGCAAAAAGAGUUAACAAUUUCUACCGUGGGGAAGAUUCUCAAAACCUCCUUGAAUAUGCCUGGAGACUCUGGCAAGAAGGCAAAGGUUUGGAGUUUCUAGACCCUUUGUUGAGAGACUCAUGUCCAACAACUGAGGUUAUGAGAUGCAUCCUUGUAGGGCUUUUGUGUGUUCAAGGAGAUGCUGAAUGUAGACCCACCAUGUCAUCUGUGAUUUGGAUGUUGAAGCAAACACUUGACACACUCCCUCAGCCUGGAGAACCUGCAGUUUUUAUGGGGAGAACAAGACUUCAAGGAAACGGGACUCCUUUGGGUUCAAAAGUCCAUUCAGUAAUCGAGGUCAUUCUUUCUGGUUUUUCAACCCGAUAAGGAAUUCGUAGGGUGUAGUUUGUAGCUCUAACUUGCAAUUUAAUGGUUGUAAAUGUGCAUGGUAUUUCGU